CAUUCAUUUUAUCUAUCCAUGGCUGAUGGUUGCCACUCUCCCUCCUGCUUAAGCUUUUUUUUUAUUCCCCACCCCUUUAUAAAUGGCUAUGGGAGAAAAGAAGAAAAAAAAAACCCUAUGUUACUUCCUCUUUUCCUGCAGCUUUUUUUUUCUAUUCUUCUCCCUAACCUAACCAGUCGUAGUCUUUGCAAUGAUCUUUUUAAGCACCUUUGAUAUUUCUAUUAAACCUAUAUUCCACCAAAAAGCCUAGGAUAUUCUCUUUUACUCACUCCACCAGUCCCUCUUUCUCCAACAACGUCCAUGCAAAUCAUGAGGCACUCAUGGUGAUAUAAUACAUUCAUUCUUUCUUGGAUUUUGAAUUUUGAUCUAAGAUCUUCAACUUUUCGUUGUUUACACAAGUUAGAAAAACUAUAAUGAGGACCAUGCCUUUUCCUUAUUUAUCCUUGCAGAUUAGCCCAACAUCCGUUUCAGUUUGUAGGGUUAAGGGAAUGACCUACUAUAGAAGCUCAACCACUGAUUCUAGCUGCAGUGGAACCAAUCUGAGCCAGGGACAGCCAAAGUUGAGCUUAGGGUUCGAAACGGCAGUUUUGAGUCCACCCCAACCAAAACUUAAUCAUCAUCAACCUCAAAUCUAUGGUCGUGACUUCGAAAGAAAUGCAAGAAUGAUCAAUGGAGUGAAAAGACGGAUGAGAGCUCCAAGAAUGAGAUGGACUACAACCCUCCAUGCUCAUUUUGUUCAUGCAGUACAGCUUCUUGGAGGCCAUGACAGAGCAACACCAAAAUCUGUGUUAGAGUUGAUGAAUGUCAAGAAUCUAACCCUAGCUCACGUGAAGAGUCACUUGCAGAUGUAUCGAACAGUGAAGAGCACUAACAAGGGAUCAGCUAAUUUACAAACCUCACCACAGAGGACCCAAAGCGAUCCAUGGCUAUCCUCAAUGGAGACUAAUAAUUUGAUCAUAUCAGGCCAUGGAAAUAGUUUCACUUUUAAGUCGAAUGAUGCCAAGGUGGAGGUAGACAAGGCAGAGCUUCAAGUGUCGGAUAGACUGAAGGACAGAUUAGAUUCCAGCUCUUUGUCACCUUCAAACAUUUUACUUAACCUAGAAUUCACCCUUGGGAUGCCACUAUUUUGAAUCUUCAAACUACUCAACUCUUCUCAAGUGCUAAGAACCAUAAAACCAGCUAAUGUAAUGGUUUUCUUUUUCCUGUUGGGAAAUAUCUAACUUGCAUAUAUGAAAAUUUUAUUUUGGUA